AUGGAUGGUCAUAGUGGACUAGUAAAAUCGUCACAAGGAACGAUCGUACAGGUAGUGCGGCAAGGAGGCUACGGCAACAUGUCACAGCCAAUCUCGUACUCGAGUGUUGAUUCGGGCGGUGUGACAAGCCAGAAUCAACGAUACGUCACGACCACUUCCGGAAGUGCGGCCAUGAGACGUCUAGCUUCGCAGCCGUCACAGCCCUCGAUGAUCGCUCGUAGUGGCCUCACGACAGUGACCCCAGUUCAACCCCGUUUUAUGGCAUCAAGUCGAUUGGGUACUCCGCAGAGUGUACCAGCAGUUGCAUACGGCAUCAAACGUCCAUUCACUCGUGACUACGCUUACGAGUUCAGCACAGUUCGAAAAUUCUUGCGAGGUGCUGAUAAAUCGAAAGGAUUGAGGCAUUUCAGUACGAAAGUUUGUGAGAAAGUCAAAGAGAAAGGCCACACCAAUUACAAUGAGGUUGCUGAUGAACUGGUAACUGAAUAUUUCGAUUCGUUGAGUCAACCACCUGGAGAUUCGGAGAAGCAACAAUACGAUGUGAAGAAUAUUCGACGACGUGUCUAUGAUGCACUAAAUGUUCUGAUGGCAAUGAAUAUCAUCGAAAAAGAAAAGAAGGAGAUCCGUUGGGUUGGCCUUCCGACGUCGUCGUUUCAAGAGUGCCGAAGGCUGGAAGAAGAGAAAGAGAAACGGCAUGAACGAAUCAGGCAGAAGGCUGAACAACUUCAAGAGUUGAUCAUACAGUUGGUCGCUCAUAAAUCGUUGGUGGAGCGAAAUCGCGAAAGGGAGCGUACGGAGGGUCGACCAGCCGAAAACACAGUUCUAUAUUUGCCGUAUAUUGUCGUAAAUACAGAAAAGAAGACGAUGAUCGAUUGUGCCAUCUCACACGAUAAAUCCGAAUAUUUAUUCAAUUUCGAUCAACCUUUCGAAAUUCACGAUGAUAUUGAAGUGUUGAAACGUCUCGGCUUGGCGCAUGGUUUGGAACGUGCCGAGGUACCAGUUGAUCAACGCGCUAAAGUUAAAUCAUACUUGCCUCCGGCACUCAGAGACUAUGUUGAUCAAAUUUUAGAAGGAACGUUAUGCGGAGGUAUGGUUGGACCAUCAGUCAGAGUACAGCAACCAGUACAGAUCGAUCGCAAACCUGUAAUGCCAUCGUAUUCGGUCUCAGCACCACUAAUGCGUAACAGUGGAACUGCUGGCAUGACACAACCGCAGACAGCGUACAUGCAGCAGGGGACACGUUCUUCAUAUGGCCACACGAAUGUGAUUUCUGGUGCUGGUGCCUCUCAACAAGGAGGAGUGUACGCGAACCAGGGAGGUAGUGUUGGUGGUGGAAUGCGUGCCACACAGGCUCGUUACGCUGUCGUUCCGAGAGGAGUGAAUGGAGGGGCGAAUAAUUCGAGAUACACAACAAGUACAAGUGCUGCAAGCAUGCCCAGUGGUGCAUAUCGAAAUGUAUCGUCUGCGGCCGGUACAACAGCCGUAAGCUCAGGUGGUCGUCAAUAUAUUCUUCAGCAGGGUAGCGGAGGAGUGGUGCAAAGAAAUUAUGCAACAUCAAUGGGUGGUGGUGCUUCUAGCAGCGGCGGUAUGCAAGGCAUUACAGUUUCUGGAGGAAGCGGGGCUGUUCCAACUCGACAACAUUCCGUGGCGUACACUAUUCAGGCUCCAGUACAAGGGCAGGUAAUCGCUGGUCAGCGUUAUGAGGAGGUGUACGAAGACGAGGAUGAAAACGUGCAUUACGAAUGA